CCUGCAUCUCACAUUCUCACACCUGACUACCUGAUCCCAAACUUUGCUUCGUUCCCCCGGUUCUCCCCCUUCUCCUCUCUCUUCCUCGCUCGCCGUACUCGCCAGUCCGGCCCGGCCCGUUUUUCUCUGACCCCCUCGCCGUCGGCCGGCCUCCCGUCGCCGCCAUCCGCGCUUCGCUGCUCGCCCCUCCACAGUCACCUAUCUUCUCUUCCCCAUCGCCGGCUUCGCCACACGCCCGUGCCCCUUUUAUCCCACCCCGCGAACACCACCAUCCAACCUCCCAUCCUCAGCAGCCGCGUGCCUCCGGGACAGGGUGGAAGAGCGAGCGCACCAGGAAGAAGCAUGAGGAGGCGACCCGGGAUCGCUGGCUUGCAGAACGCUGCGGCCACUCGCGACAAAUUCCGUCAGGUCGGGGAGAAUGUGGCCAAGGUCAGGACGGAUGUCAUGCAGGAGCAGCUCGCCACUUUCAGGUCUCAGCUCGAAGAAUUUGCUCGCAAGCAUAAGAGUGAUAUCCGUAAAAAUUCAGUAUUUAGACAGCAGUUUCAUGAAAUGUGUUCAAAAGUUGGAGUAGAUCCUUUGGCAUCUAAUAAAGGAGUCUGGGCAGAGCUUCUAGGGAUUGGUGACUUCUACUAUGAAUUAGGUGUUCAGAUUGUGGACAUAUGCAUAGCUACCAGAUCGCAUAAUGGUGGUUUGAUUGAUUUGCUAGAACUCCGCAAACUUCUUUGCCAGAAGAGAAAAACUGAUCUUGGAUCAUUAUCGUCAGAUGACUGUUUACGUGCUAUAAGCAAGCUGAAGGUCCUCGGUAGUGGUUUUGAAGUAAUUUCUGUGGGGAAGAAAAAGCUUGUGCGAUCGGUUCCUACUGAAUUGAAUAAGGAUCACAAUGGGAUACUUGAGCUAGCCCAGGCUAAAGGCUAUGUCACAGUAGAAGAAGUUGUGAAGGAAUUCUCAUGGUCAACUGGUCGCGCAAUUGAUGCCCUUGAAACUUUGCUGAAGGAGGGACUUGCUAUGAUUGACGAUGGGCACAGGGAUGGCAAGCGUAGAUAUUGGUUCCCGUGCGUCACCCUCACAUCCGAUGCAACUGGUGCUGAAUUGAAGUCAUAACCAUGUUCUGUAACAGUUCCAUCACACCGUUGUCCCCGUUCCCUCGUUUGUUUAUGAGGACUGGAACCAUCAGGAGCACUGACGGAUUACAUUUCCGGAUCUGCCGCCUGCACAACACAUUCCUGUGUAAGAAGUAUGGAUGGAACAACAAUACGCUUCUAGUACCUGCAAACGUAAAUUGUGCUAUUCUUGCUUCAGAAUUCUGUUUUUACUGAAUAUUGUGAAUUUUGGUGGUGAAUUUAGCAAUUCAUUUGGAGUGCUAGCCUUCUUUU